AUGGAAGGGAGCGUCUCGUACCAUGAUCGAAGCGAUUGCGGUAAAUCCCACCCAUACCCGUUACUUAUUGUCCAUUCCAGCAAUAUGACUACGCCGGGAUCGCCAGCCACCGUUGCGAAUGGCCCAUUAGGGAUUAAGGAAGAAAGGCAAACCGAAGUCUUCGAAGAAGCGUCCGGAUACUCUAUUGGGAAGAGAUCUAUUGGAGCCUUCAGGCGUUUCGCUGGAAAAAGUCACAUGAACCCGGAGGCAGCCCCUUUUAUUCCUAGUUACCAGGGACGACGACGAGAGCAACAGGAACACAAACCGGCUCAAUCUCAGCAAGAAUUUCAAUUCCCCUCAGCAAAUUUUUUUCCUCCUCAGUCACCAUUCCCUCCAUCUGUUUACAACUCUCCUUCUCCAUUUCCUCAGAGCAAUCCACCUUUCUUUUACCAACCCUACAGUCCUGCAUUCUACCCGACAUAUCCCUCUUAUAUUCCCUGGUUUCGGCACCCGUUACCAAAUUCUGUAUCCCAAUCCUUCUGUUAUCAGCCCUGUUGCUACUCACCAAUGGCUAGCUCUCAAGGAAACAACUACGGCAACAAGCACUGGGCUUAUGCUCCGCCGCCUCAGGGUAAUCACGGUCGUGGAAUGGAUCGUCCAGCUCCUGGUCAAGGUCCUUUCCACCAGUCUGCCAACGGACACGCAAGACAGCCUUCCAUUGCGAAUCCAACUCAGAACAAUCAGUUCCGAGGAUUUCAGCCGACUGCCCCUCCAGCUCGAAACAACCAAGUUAACCAGAACAAUCCCUUUCAAAGAGACAAUAGACAGCAUUCUACCUCAAACAACGCGUCUCGUGGUCCUGUUGCACCACAACAUCAGGAGUACAGAGGUCCUUUGAUUGUCCCUCCAAGCCUCAGGCAAUCUCAAACUUCCAACAGAAAUACCCAUUUUGCAACAAACGAGAGGCUUGAACGCGUCGAUGAAGGACUUCAACAUCAAGCUACUGUCGCGUCUCUUUCCCAUCAGCUGGCUGCUGUUAAUUUAACAAACAACAAUGCCGAUGUUUUCAACCAAGUCAAAAGUAUAUCGGUCACGAACAAUAUCAUCACCGUUCAGGGAAUGCCGUUUGAAAUCCCAAUUGAUGACGGAACCAGGUAUAGCUCUCCUGCUACUGGUGGUGUGCUUAAGCUUAUGAAUAUACCAUACAAUGUCUCAAGACAAGAGGUCGUUCAUCUUAUGGGCCGCAAGGCAAGAUUGCUACCUCACCAUCUCGGUACCCCUGUCCAUAUCAUCAUGGAUCGUUCCACUGCGAAAACAAUGGAUUGUUAUGUGGAAUUUCUUACAUUGGAAGAUGCCAAAGAAACAAUUGACUGGCUCAAUCGUGGGCUACCUGGCGCGCCACCCCGUCUUGGUGAUCGUCACAUUGAUAUUGAAAUGAGUUCUCAAGAAGAACUUCUAAAGGAUCUUUUCCCACGUGCAAAAUGCAUUGUCUGGAAAGAAGGAAGACCUAUCUUGACCCCCAACAAUGAUGCGUAUUCUGUUGGAUUCCAGAGCUUCCUCACAGCUGAGGAGAUUUACUGCAUGAUUCGCAAUGCUGAGAUGCCUAAAAGAGCCCCCUUUGCUACCAAAUGCCCCCAGCGAACAUAUGAAGCGCUCAUCAGUACUUUGUACAAAUUCCCAUGGUAUGCGACCACGCUUUACACUGUCGAAGACCGCAAUCGCCUUCACUUUGCUUGUUUCUCACAGUUGCAAGCUCUGGCCCCUCGGGUUGCAGAGAAGAGAACUCUCGGUUUGGAUAGCCGUCUUAUUUUGGAUCUUUUGAAUGCUGGGCUCAGCUGCCCUACCUUUACCGAUCGUCAAAAGGUGGCUCUUUACUCUGCUGCUGGCGACCCAAACACAUACAAUACUUCUCCGGUGUCAAUCAGAUUUUGGCCGUUUGACACCUUGGCCCGGAAGGCCAAUGUCACUGAGGAGACAGUGAAUAAAUUUGCUCGCGUUGUGGCAGCCAGCCUCGAACGCAAGAAGCCAGGCACAGAGAUCCUGGCCAACAAAUGGGUUCCUCGCCCUGGGGUGGCGUCUCCUUUCGGGCAAAUUUGGCUCGAGUUCGCCUCCGGCCACACCCACCUCAAGUGGGAUGUGGCCGUCCAAUACGAGACCAAGGUCCUCCAGGGCCUAGUUGAAGAGGGCCUUAAGGCCACUCGUGCUGGACCAUUCCCAUGGGGGAAUGGAAGGGUGGCUCCCGGUCGCCAAAUUCGUGUUCCUUAG